AUGCAACAACGAAAUUUCGUUAACCAAUUACAUUUAAUCUUACAACAAAAAGGUCUGCAUCAAUGGAUACGAUGGUAUUCUAUUGAAAAAUCAAUAUUCUUACUAAAACCAUACGAUCCAAAUUUUAGUGAAAAAGUUUUAAAGAAAUAUUUUAAACAUGGUAAUAUUAGUAGUUUUGUAAGACAACUACACAUGUAUGGCUUCCAUAAGAUUUCUUCAAAUGAUCUACCCAAUUCCAUCUUAAAUUCAAAUCCAAAUCCAAAUAAUAGAAUUAAUACAAUUUGGUAUUUCGCUCAUCCAUCAGGGUUUUUCACUCAAACUUCAACCAAUGAAAUAUUGAAAAAAAUUCAAAGAAAAUCAACUGGUGUUGAUAAAGAUGGGGAGAAAAGGAAAAAUAUUCUAUCAACUUUAUCUGUUAGUUAUUUAAAUCCGAACCAUCAUACUCCCCUUAAUACUUCUGACGUCCACGCUGCUAGUGUUGAAACGAAUAAUAUCAUCCCAAGUGAGAAUAAUAAUACUACCAAUAGCUUUACUUUGAAAAGAAAAUCCGAAAAUGGUCAAUCAAAGAUUAGUAGUACACACUAUCCUGUAAAUCAACUGCAACGAUUACCUCUACCUCCAAUAUCUUCACUGGAAGGCUUAAAAAGCUCGGACGCAAGUGCUUUCCCUAAUAAUAAAAAUGAUAAUCAUUUGUUGAAUUACUUUCCGGGCUAUAAUGAGAGUAAUAAAUUAUUCAAAUCAGAAUCUCAUCCACAAUUGUUUCGAAUAAAUCCAGCUCCUGGAACACCUAGUAAUACUACUACAUCCACUCCAUCAAAUCGUCUAUUCAACACUCCAUUUCCUAAAUGCGGAUCUCAACCAGAAAUCCAUGGGAAUUUUAGUUCGUAUCUUAGUGAUCAAAACCAAAGCCUAGAUCAGCAGAAAGCACUACUUUCUCUUGCAUCGUCACUAUCUUCUUCAUUAGCUUCUUCAUCAACUUCAUUAUUUUCUAAAAAAGGUACCACGAUACCGACAGAUUCGUUGGCAUCCUCUAGAUCCUCACUUUCAAUAGCGAAUAUACCAUUUAAACCAAAAAAAAAGAACUUUGAAAUAUUUGCGAACUCUAACUCUAACCAAGAUAAUAAUACGAAAAGUUCACACCUGAAUAUCAUGAACACAAUUAAUAGUAAUGAAGUGAAAAUACGAAAGAUAUCCUCAUUACUUGCCGAAGCAGAAAAUAAACGGAAAAUAGACAAUAAUACUUCUUUCCCUUUAUCGCAUGACAAUGAUAUUAUUCUGAACCCACUAAUAAAGAAGGAUGAAGGGCAUAGUCAUAACAAUAUCGCUCAUGAUAAUAAUAAUAAUAAUAAUAAUAAUAAUGAUAAUGAUACCAAUGUGAAGGAAACAAUGAAAAUUAAUAUGGAUAUAAUUAAUGAAUCGAUCUUAUUGAUAUCUACUAUAUUGGAAGAUCUAUCAACAAAUUCAAAUCCAGAAAAUCAAAGGAAUGAUGAACCUCUCUUUGUGAAAAUUGAAGAAAGAUUGAAUAAAUUGAAUUUAAUGCAAGAACAAUUAGAUAAGUUAAUUAAAGAGGAGGACAAAUAA